ACCUACUGUUUGGUGAACACACUUCCUCGCGAGUUGAGUCGCGCAGCUUUGCGCGUUCCUUUCCAUCCGCGUGCCCGUGUGUUAGCCUGUGUGUCUACACUGAGGGAUUCCAUCAAGAAGAGAAAUGCCGUCAAAAAUCAUAUUUGAUACCGAAGAUCAAGCCAUGGAGGACGAUGUGGACACUGUCGCGGAGGCUAAACCCCUAAAGAACAAGACCAAGGAGGGCAAGAAACUGAAGAAGAAGCAGUUGCAGGACCAGGAAGAGCAAGAGGACCCGGACUGUGAACCUCCAGCACCGAAGAAGAAAAAGAAAAAAGACAAGCUGGCAGUGGACCAAGUGAACGGCAACAUAGAUGAGGCCACAGACAUGAACGGCAACAGUAAUGGUCUCGAAACACCAAAGAAGAUUAAGAAAAAAGCCGAAGGAGACACAGAGAAAAAGAAGAAGAAGCAAAAGAAAGCAAUCGAAGAGGCAGAAUCCAACGGACAUUCCACCCCAAACACCCCUGUCCAGACGCCCAUCCAGACACCAGCACAGUCAAGUGAAGACUCUGCUAGUGACAGCGAAAAAGAACAGGAGGAGACACCAGAGCAAAAGGAAGGGGCCUUCUCCAACUUCAGGAUCUCCCAAUUCACCAUUGAUAAACUAAAAGCUCGGGGAGUCUCUUACCUGUUUGACAUUCAGGUGAAGACAUUUAAUUCUGUAUACGAUGGAGAGGACGUAAUUGCCCAAGCCCGAACAGGAACGGGAAAGACUUUUUCAUUUGCCAUCCCUUUGGUGGAGAAGCUCCAGAGGGAGACAGUGCAGUUCGCCAGAGGCCGCGCUCCCAAGAUACUGGUAUUAACGCCAACCAGAGAGUUAGCUAUCCAGGUCGCAAAGGACUUCAAAGACAUCACCAAGAAACUGUCUCUCACCUGUUUCUAUGGAGGCAGCUCAUACAAUCCACAGCUCGAAGCUAUCCGUAAUGGUAUCGAUAUUUUGGUCGGCACCCCUGGUCGCAUCAAAGACCACCUCCAGAACAAUAAACUGGACCUCUCUAAACUGAAACACGUUGUUCUGGAUGAAGUAGACCAAAUGUUGGACAUGGGAUUUGCAGAACAGGUUGAAGAGAUUUUGUCUUCAUCAUAUCAGAAAGACUCUGACUCCAACCCACAGACUCUUCUGUUUUCGGCCACCUGCCCCCCCUGGGUCUACGAGGUUGCCAAGAAAUACAUGAGACCUGAGUGCAAACAUGUUGAUCUGAUUGGCAAGAAAACACAGAAAGCUGCAACAACUGUAGAACAUCUGGCCAUAGCGUGCCACUGGUCACAGCGUGCAGCCGUGAUCGGAGAUGUGAUCCAGGUUUACAGCGGCAGCCAUGGCAGAACCAUCGUGUUCUGCGAGACAAAGAAAGAGGCCAAUGAACUUUCCCUUAAUGCAUCAAUCAAACAGAGCACGCAGACCCUCCAUGGUGAUAUUCCUCAGAAACAGAGAGAGAUUACGCUGAAGAGCUUCAGGAAUGGGGGUUUUGAGGUUCUGGUUGCCACCAAUGUUGCAGCCCGUGGAUUAGACAUCCCUGAAGUCGACCUGGUGGUCCAGUGUUCUCCACCCAAGGAUGUGGAGUCAUACAUCCAUCGUUCAGGACGUACGGGCAGAGCAGGCAGGACUGGAGUCUGCAUCUGUUUCUACCAGAGGAAAGAGGAGGACCAGCUGCGCUACGUGGAAAACAAAGCAGGUAUCACAUUCAGAAGAGUUGGUGUCCCCACCGCCAACGAUAUCAUCAAGUCAUCAAGCAAGGAUGCUGUCAGGUUUCUGGACUCUGUUCCAGCUGCAGCCAUCGGGUACUUCAGAUCGUCAGCUGAGAAGCUGAUUGAGGAGAGAGGAGCAGUCGAUGCACUAGCUGCUGCCCUGGCACAUAUUUCUGGAGCCACAAGUCUAGAGCAGAGGUCACUGCUCAACUCUGAUGCUGGUUACACCACUGUGCAGAUGGUGUGUUCUCAGGAGAUGCAUAAUCUGGGUUACGCCUGGAAAUCCAUCAAAGAACAACUUGGAGAAGAGUUUGAGAACCACAUUCAGAGAAUGACCUUCCUCAAAGGCAAAACGGGAGUUUGUUUUGAUGUCCCAGCUGACAAAGUCAAGGAGAUUCAGGACAGCUGGAAGGACGGUCGCCGUUGGCAACUGACUGUAGCCACCGAGCUCCCAGAGCUGGAGGAGAAGCAGUUCAGUAACCGUGGCGACAGAGGCUUUGGCGGUGGUAGCCGCGGCGAUAGAGGAGGAGGGUUCAGAGGUGGAAGGGGGCGGAGCUUUGGGGGAAAUGGUGGCCGUAGUAACGGGUUCCGGAAUGGUGGUGGCGGCGGCGGCGGUGGUGGCUAUAGCAACAACAGAGGAGGACACAAACGCAACUUCAGUCAAGCUUUUGAUUAUUGAAGUGCCAACCUGUGGGCUGGCUUAUAAUCUGUCUCCAUAGGCUGAAUUGUAAGCUCUUAUAUAUUCGAGUUUCAUAUACAGUACAUGAAAUGACCAAUUGCAUGUUAUCUGAUAAGUUGGAUUCAUGUCCAAUUAGCCAUUUCCUACUGGUUUAAGAUCAGGUUUUCUGUGUAUAGUAUAUUAAGACAGGACCACUGGCAGCCAUAUUUAAAGGCCUGAUGUGUGCUUCUUUUAGGUGACACAGUAGUUGUUUCUGCUCUGCACCCAAUGAGAGCAGUGAUGAAACGGGUGUUAACCUUUAAAGUUUUGCUCAGUGUCCAAUGGCUGCCUUACCCUCAGCUCAAACCUCUGUCCCCAAAGAUGUAUUGGAUGAUUGCGUUGCAAUUGCCUCUAUUUAAUAACUGUGCCUAGUGCUUCCAUUCAUUUGAAUGUAAAGACUAAUUAAAAAAAGGUCAACUCAG